AUGCUUUUUCAAUAUUUGAUAUACAAUGAGUAUGGCAUCAUUCUUGAUAAGAAAUUUAAACCAAAGUCCAAAGUUAUAGAAGCUGUUAAAAACUCACUUAAAAUUCAUCAAGAAAAUACUAUUUACAGGGCAAUCUUGAAUGAUGAUAAAGAACAAUUUAUAUCAUUUCUAGAAAGAGAAGGAUUCGAUGAAAAUCGGAAGCUAGGAAGUUUUUUAUAUCCAAAUUCAUUAGAUUUUUAUAAAUUUCUCGAUAACAAAUCGAAUAAAUAUGAAUUCACUUCAGAUUUAUCAUUAAUCGAAAUUUGUUGUUAUCACGGAUCUGUUGAUUGUUUUAAACUUUUAAGAACUAAAUUCGACAUGAAAAUAACCAAGCGUUGUCUCAAAUUUUCAUUUCUUGGAGGAAAUCCAGAGAUUAUGAAUGAAUGUUUGAAAUACAAAAAACCAAAUAAUAAAUGUAUGAAAUAUGCAAUCAUUUCACAUAAUAUCGAUUUUGUUGCUUUUCUAUAUAACGAACACAUGUUAGAUAUUGAUGAAACAUAUUGUUGGUGGUUCAAUAAUCUUCAAUCAUUCUUAAUUUAUUUUGAUCAAAAUAACAAUCUUGACAAAUGUUUUUUAAUUUCUCCACUUUUCUUUUCAACUAAACUUUGUGAGUAUUUACUUUCGCAAGGCGCAAAUAUCAAUGCACAUGGUUUCUCGUACUUGACAGGCACAGCUCUUCAUACAGCAGCUUGUCAUGAUUUAAUAGAAAUUGCAGAGUUUCUAAUUUCAAAUGGUGCUGAUAUCAAUGCAAGAAACUUCGAAGGCAAUACUCCUCUUCAUAUUGCUGCAAGUUUUGAGCGUAGAGAAAUGGAAAAAUUCCUUAUCUCUCAUGGUGCAAAUGUCAAUUUGGUUAAUUAUGAUGGGCUGACAUAUGAUAAAUUGCAUACAAAAAAGAAUGACUGGUCUUCGAAUUGCAGAAUUUAA